UUCAUUCGCGCUCUCCCUCUCCACUACCCAGCAUGCACUGCGAGUUUGAGCCAUCUUGUUGAGAGGUGGAAUUUUUUUUUUCUUCAGAAAUUUUGCUUCCCGAACUCUUGUCUGUGAGCCCCGAAUCACUUUUACUCACAGCGUUUUAUCGUCUCGUUGGCGUCUUUACACGCGAAAUAGCGCGAAUUGCGUCCUGUGAGAUGGGUUUAUCGUAGUCGCGGUGUAAAAACAACCCGUUUGCUGAAGUGGUUAGUGUUUUUUUUUUCUAUAUAAUAAAAUAAGAUGCUAAAUGUGAGGCCGGGGGGAAGCGGGCCCCCAGCUCGCGCCUCGGACUAAAGUGACAGCUGAAGCCCGGGAGAGGCGAGGGCAAACCCGGCCCAGUGUGCACCGCGGACCCGGGACCCAGGCCGGUAAACAAAGAAAAAAACUGACUGAUAUUGAAAUCGAAUUUGGAUUUUAAGCGAUUUUAAUGGCCGUCUCUUGGUUUGAUCGAUCGUUAGGAAUGCAACAGGAUAGAAGAAGAAGAGGAAGAGCGAUGACGUAUGAUCGUUUAGGCUAACAGCUUAAAAACUGAUUUGGAUCCAACGCCACUUUUUCCUCCCCGUGUUCGCGUCUCUUCUUUGGGUUUAUACAAGAAGUGCGCGUUUACGUUUAGUUAUUUUUUCCUUUUUCUCCAGGCUCCGCGCGUUGUUUAAGCAGAGCGUCCAUUUGUCUACAACACAAGUGUCUGAACACGUUUAAGAUGUCAGCCAAGAAGAAGAGCUGCUUCCAGAUCACCAGCGUGACCCAGGCUCAGGUGGCCACGGUUGGCUGCGCGGACGACGCCGAGAGCCUGGACGAUCCGGACGAAUCCCGGGCCGAGGACGCGACGUCGGAGAUCUACGAACCGGAAGUGUGCGAUCGGAGGAGCUCGGCGUCGCACGGUGCGUCCAACAGCGUCGGAGACGGGCACCCGGGACUGUCUCACCAGGCUGGAGGUCCUGGUGCAGCGGGUGGUCCUGGUCAAGCCAGUACCACCACCACCACCACCACCAGCUGUAGCUCUCGCUUCCGAGUGAUUAAGCUCGACCAUGGCACAGGAGAGCCUUUCCGCAGGGGCAGGUGGACAUGCACAGAGUAUUACGAGAAGGAACCUGAUGCGACGACGAGUAGGACUGCAGACGGGACCAGGCACCCUAACGAACACGCCCCUGACCGGGAUAGCGGAUUAGGCACCUCAGUCGUGGUUCAGUCCAGCCAGACUUCGGAUGCGACGAGCAACACUGUGCUCGACCUGUCCGCCUCGCACGCCCCUUUCGAAUCCGACCCCAAUAAACCGGCGGUUCCGUCCCAGGCUCUCCUUGCACCCCAGCCGUCCCACGUCCAGAUAUCUCCUGUUACCCCUCAAGCUUAUCAAACUCAACCGCAGCAAAAUCCCCAAUUACCCUUAGGCCUCCACAUGCCAAGCCAAACUAGCAUGAUGCCCGAGUACGCGCCGGGGCACUUGCCUCACGCCGUUCCCAUGCCAGGGGAUCUCGGGAUCUCAGUACCUGCCAGCCAACCGGGACCUUCUGUUCCGACCCUGUUGGACUGGGCGGGAGUGAUGAGCGUGGCGGGGAUGGCGCCUCUCGCUCCUGGACCUUCGGUUCAGAUUGGACAGUAUUCUGGUGUCGCCAUGACGGCCGGCCAAAAUUCGCCCGUUCCGAGCACAGUGGGCAUGUCGGCGCCCGAACAGAGUCGGAGGAAAUCGGACGCGGCCGCCUCUGCGCCCCUUCUCGCCCCGCUUAAGGAGGCUGCGAAACCUUUGAUUACAGAGGGUUUGCCCCUUAUGCCCAACCCUGGGGUGAACAGCCUGUUCGGGAUCCCCAUCCCAAUUCCCAUCGACGGGGAUGAGGACAGGAACCCAUCCACUCUUUUCUACAAAACCUUCCAGCCCGGUGUCAGGCUCCCGAGUGCCUCGGGAGCGAGCGUCGUCGCCAUCGACAAUAAAAUAGAGAAGGCAAUGGAUCUGGUGAAGAGCCACCUGAUGUACGCCGUGCGCGAGGAGGUCGAGGUGCUGAAGGAGCAGAUCAAGGAGCUGUGCGAGAGGAACUCCAUGCUGGAGCGCGAGAACGCCGUGCUCAAGUCCCUGGCCAACAGCGAGCAGCUCUCGCAGCUCUCGGCUCACACGACGGGCACGACGCCGACCCCGGCCCUGGCCCUGACGGCGACGCCCACGCCGGCAUCGAACCCGCCGCAGCCCAGCGUGUCCUCCGCUUAAACCCGCCGCACAUCACACCCCCACCAGCACGUCGUGGUUCUCCUCCUCCUCGUCCAGCACCAGCUUUAACCAGCAGCGCUUCAGUGUACUUCUGUGUGUGUGUGUGUGGCUCUGUGAGUGUGUGUAUGAGUGUGUGGGGACCAGAAACGAUACAGAAGUGUUCUUUGUUUUUUUUUUUGUUGUUUUUUUGAUGUCGUCGUUGUUGUUUCUUUUUUUUUUUAUUAAAGAAGAAGAAGAAGAAAAAGAAAAAAGCCAUGAGAAGGGUUUAUUUUUUAAAGCCGUUUUCGAGCAAGAGUCUAUUUUUCAGAGCUGAUCAUACUUCAUGAGAAAAAAAAAAGAAAAAAAUAGUAUAAAGUAUAUAUUAUUAUAAUUUUUUUUUUUGGGCUUGUCAAAUCACCAGUCAGUUAUUUAUUCGAGGGCUGCUACGUUCACACGUCCCCCGACUGUAAAGAAACGCUUCUCUCACUCGACAAAAGAAAAAAAAAAUGCAGCCGGUAGAAUCGUACACACACGCACACACGCUUCUAAUCACACACGUGAGAUAAAAGCAGCGGGUUCAAACACUAACAGCCCUUUGUUUUUACCUCUCAACUGCGAAUGUGAAAGGGUCACAUGAGUGAAUGUACUUGUACUUCUAUUUUCCUCCUCCUCCCCCCAUCAUCACCCCCUUUGUAAAGUGUGUACGCAGUGUCCACGAAGAAGAAGAAGUGAAGAAAGAUCUUCAGUUCUGAGGGACAACAAAGAAACAUUUUACCGCUCUCUCUCUCUCUCUCUCUCUCUCUCUCUCUGACUCUUGUACGUUUUGUCGCUUGGUUUUCACGCUGUUCACGUUCCGGCCGCUUGAGACGAGACGGUCCUGGUCCUGAUCUGUGCUUGUAAACACACAUGCUUCAGUCUCAUUUAGUCCAAAACACAACUCCGGGGGUUUACACUGUACGACACUGACGCAGUCUUGAUUAGACUUUUUUUUUAAUUGACUUUUUUUCCCCUUCCCAAUUAUGCUUUUUUUUUUUUUUUUUUUUUCCCCUCCUCCUGGCUAAAUUAUGUAUUUAUUCGGGUGAUAAAUCUGCGUUACGACGGAUUUUCGAUCUAAAUGAUAAAACAGAACGAUUUUGUACGUGUAUGCGGUUUGUGUAAAUAGAAAUAUAGAUAACAAAUAUGAAAUUAUUUUUAUUUUAAAAUCAACUUUAAAUAAAAGAAUAAAACGAUGCAACUUUGAAUUAUUUCACUUCCAUUAAACAGUAAGUAAUCUAAAUUAAGAUUAAUAAAUCUAACUUUGAAUGAAAAGAAAAAUUAUAAGAAAAAAGGCCAUUUUAAAGUUUUUGAAGUAAAAAUCACAAAUCAUUUAAAUCUUUUACUAACUGUCUCUAAAUUAUACUAAAAUAAAUGCUAAUAUUUAAUCCUUUUUUUUUUAUAAAAAAGAAUGAAUUAAACGGUGAUUGAAGCCAAUAAAGUGGAAGAUAAAUUAGAUCAAUUAAAUUGAAAAAACUAAACCUUUUACUCUUGUGUUAAGGUUUUUUCCCCCUUCUAAAUAUAUAAAAUGCGUUAAUUUGAUUUUCAGUUAAGCUUUAGUGAGAUUUUUGUGGUGCGAGGAAAAAAUUUGUGUAAACGUAAAAAAAAAAUAAAGCGUCUAGAUUUACAAGUAUAAAUGUAUAUAUUUUUAUUAAUUUAUCAUAAGGAGCCGUUGUAGGUGCGGAGACCGUACAAGGAAGACGUUCUAAUAGAUGUGGCUACAUGAGAAAUCUUGUUUAAUGUGUUGUUGAUCUGGACGUGGUUGAUCGUUGCUGAGAAGUUUUAAGCAGCUGGUUAAAAGAUCUCCUCGAAAAGUUCAACCUGAAGAAAAUGAUCAAUAAUAUUCUCUAAAAAGUAUAGAUCUUCAGCAAAGUUUUUGCACAAAUAAAUCCAAACUGGGAUAAUAAUAAUAAUAAUAAUAAUGAAAAUAACACUUUAUUAAUUAAAUUAAUUAUAAAUCGCCCUCGUCAUGGGGUGCGAGCGCUGAACAGAUGGUCGUACAGUGUAUUCCCCAAAUCACGACUCCGGAACACGAAGCACAAGUCCAAUCUUUUCGGCUGUGUCUCAUUUAAGAGCCCCAAGUGUGAGACGAUCAUGUGACUGUGAGACUGGCUGUGGAUUUAGUGUAAAUCCCUAAUGUAAAGUGUAAACCCCCUGCCCCCAUCCCCCCCCCCAAAAAAGAAAUGAAACAAUCAUGCCCUGAAAAACAGCCAAAGUGUUACGCUUAUAAAUAAGACGCGGCCGACGUCUGACUCGUGCUCCGUGUCUGAGCCUUUUAAACAAACUGUGCCGGCUGUGUCUCAUUCGGAGAUUUCUCGAUAAGAAGUAGCGAGCGUGAGUGAGAUGAUUAAGGUUCCUCUAACGAGACACACCCGACACGUCUCCCCCCCCCCCUGACUCCUGUUUAUUUUUUAUUUAUCAUAUUUUCAGGUUGGGAUGGGGGUUUACACAAAAUUAAAAAAAAUAAAAUAAAAGCUGUGAAAAAUUGUUUCAACCGACUUUGUUAACCAAAGAUGCAAAGCAGUGUAAUUUUUUUUUUUUAUUAUUAUUUUUUUUUAUCUUAUGCACAUUUUGUUAUUGUUCACGACCGUUGUCGCUUUUUAGCAUGUUCUUGCAUGUUCUAGUAUUUUCUUCUUUUUUAUGUCGAACCACUUCCAUACCUCAUGUUUGUAUUCUGGUUGUGAGAUAGCAGGCUGUGAACAAUGUCAUUGAAUGGGGGAGGGGGAGGGGGGGUUGCUGGGGUGUCAACGAAAAAAAAACUAGUGUUCUUUCUGCGCACUAGCCGGCGGGGAAAAAAAAAAUGAAGUGAGCCAUGUUUUUUUUUUUUUCCUUUAAAUGGUGUUGGAGUUUCAUAUGCCAAUAGUUUUGUUACAUUGCAAAAACAAAUUUAAUGUAUUUAAAUAAAUGCAAUAUUCAAACUCA